UAACGCUGCUGCUGUGCGUAAACCCUCUAACUGAAUCUUUCUCGCCGUCUUUGUCAGUGGAACGUGGCUUUCAAGUUCUAGAUUUUGACAAAGGACUGACUUAAGAUAGCUUGUAAAGAUGCUAGUACUGUUUGAGACGUCAGGUGGUUUUGCACUCUUUAAAGUAUUAGAUGAAGGAAAGCUCUCUAAUGUUGAGGAUUUGGGUGAUGAGUUCUCGUCUGCAGAGUCAGCUCGAAGGAUGGUUAGGCUAAUAGCUUUUCAUAAGUUUGACAAUACAUCUGAAGCUCUUGAAGCAGUGGCUAAAUUGGUAGAGGGAACUUCAAGCAAAGGUCUACGCAAGUUCUUGAAAAAUAACUGUGGUGAUGGUGAAACCUUAGCGGUGGCUGAUUCAAAUAUUGGAAAUAUUAUCACUGAGAAACUGGACGUACAAUGUGUUCACAACAACGCUGUUAUGGAGCUAUUACGCGGUGUGAGAAGCCAGUUAACCGAACUUUUAUCCGGAUUGGAUGAUAACGAUUUAGCUCCAAUGAGCCUGGAAUUGUCUCACAUCCUUGCUAGAUAUAAACUAAAAAUCACCUCUGAUAAGGUGGAGACCAUGAUAAUCCAAGUUAUUGGUCUUCUUGAUGAUCUUGACAAAGAGCGUAACACUUACGCUAUGAGGGUUCGUGAAUUGUACGGUUUGCAUUUUCCCGAGCUUGCGAAGAUCGUACAGGACAAUAUCUUAUAUGCCAAGGCUGUUAAACUAAUGGGGAAUCGGAUUAAUGCUGCAAAUCUAGACUUCUCCGAGAUAUUGGCUGAUGAAGUUGAAGCAGAACUUAAAGAGGUUGCUGUGAUAUCUAUGGGAACUGAAGUCACUGACCUUGAUUUGAUUCACAUCCGACAACUCUGUGACCAGAUUCUGUCUCUUGCUGAGUACAGAGCUCAGCUUAAUGACUACUUGAAGAGUAGAAUGAACAAAAUUGCACCAAAUCUAACUGCCCUUGUCGGGGAGCUAGUCGGUGCUCGCCUUAUUUCUCAUUGUGGUAGUCUAUUAAACCUCGCAAAGCUACCUGGGAGCACGAUUCAGAUUCUUGGAGCUGAAAAGGCCCUAUAUAGAGCCCGCAGGAUGAACCACGCCACUCCAAAGCACGGUCUGAUUUACCAUGCACCUGUGGUUAGCCAAGCUGCACCAGAGCACAAGGGUAAAAUCUCACGGUCAUUAGCUGCAAAAGCUGCUCUUGCUAUACGGUGUGAUGCUUUUGGUGAUGGACAAGACAACACAAUGGGAGUGGAAACCCGCUUAAAGCUGGAAGCGCGUUUGAGAAAUCUUGAAGGAGGGGAUUUAGGAGCCUUCGAAGAAGAAGAAGUUUAUUACAAAGAUAAAAAGAAGAAGGCUGAUGAUGAGGAAGAACCCAAAACUGAGGAGCCUUCGAAGAAGAAGAAGACAGAAGCAGAACUUGAAACCGCCAAAGAGCCCGUAAAGAAGAGUAAACACGAGGGUGUUACAGGAUUAUUAAUCCUGAUUUUCUUAAUUCCUCUUAUUUAUUUCGUUUAUGUUAACCAGUUAGCUUGCUAAACCAUUAUUAGCUCAGAUAUCAAAAUUUUUGCGUGAGUAUCACGUCUAGUUUCUUUACGUUUUGUCAGGAAGAACGAAAAAUUAA